GGGGCGGGCGGGCGCGAGCGGGCGGCGGCGGCGGCCCCGGGAGCCGCGCACGGAGCGCGGGGACCCUCCGGACCGGGGCCGCGCCCUGCGAUGCGGACAAGGGACGCGCUGACAACCGGCCUGCGCUGCGGGCUCUGCUGCUGCUGCUUCUUCGCCUUUCUGAUUUAAUUUUUUUCCAAUUUUUUUAAAUAAUUUUUUUUUUUACUUCUUUUUUUUUUUUAAUACUAUUUUUGGCUGAAGGGAUCCGACGCCUCCGAGCGGCCCCCGGCGCCGGUUCUCCGCCGGGCGGCACCCCCGCGCCGAGCGCGCUUCCCCGGUCCUCCCCACCUUGUAUGGUGGAGCGGCCGCGGGGCGCAGCCGUGCGCUGCCCCGGGCUCCCCCCGGCCCUCGCCCCCGCCGCUCCCCGCCCGGCCCCGCGUUGGCAGCCGAUGUAGGGCACGGCGCGGCGCGCCCGAGCCCCAGCGCCGCCACGGGAGCGGCCCCCGCGGCGCCGUCUAUGCCCGCGCCGCCCCGCCGCCCCCCCCAUGGUGCGGCCCCGCCGCGGGCCGUCGGAGAUCCGCUGGGCAGCAGCGCCGCGGGGAGUCCGGGCUGCUCCGGGGCUGCGAUGAGAUAGAGCCGGCGGCGGAGCGAGGAGCCCCGCGGAGGAGGGCGGGGGGCGGCGGAGAGCGACGCGACCCCCGGCCGCCCGCGGGUCGUAUGUUCAGGUCCAAACGCUCAGGGCUGGUGCGGCGACUUUGGAGGAGCCGCGUCAUUCCGGACAGGGACGGCGGAGAUGGGAGCGCCAGGAGCGGCCACGACCUCGGAGCCACCGGCAGCUGCAAGAUCGCGGAGAAAAGCCCCUCGGUGGAGCUCCGCGCGGUAGCGCGCAGCCUGCUGCUGCGGGAGGCGGAGGAGCGGCGCGGGGCGGCGGGCGAGGCGGCGCCGCGCGGGGACACCAUGGCGGAGCGGCGCGGGGCUCGGCUCCGCGCCCCCGGCUCCGCGCCGGAGAGCGACGGCCGGACCGUGACCUGCUGCCUCUUCUCGGAGCGGGAGCCGGGCGGCCCCCAACCUCCCCCCGCCGCCGCCCCCGGCCCCGACGGCGCGGCCGACGGCGGCUCCCCGGAGCGGCGGGGCCGGGAGGCGCGGGCGCGGCUGCUGCUGCUGGAGCAGGAGCUGAAGGCCGUCACCUACUCGCUGCUGAAGCGGCUGAAGGAGCGCUCGCUGGACAGCCUGCUGGAGGCGGUGGAGUCCCGCGGGGGGAUGCCCGGCGGCUGCGUCCUGGUGGCCCGCACCGAGGUGCGCCUGGGGGGCCUGGCGGCGCCCCCGCACCUCCUCCUGGGCAAGCUGUUCCGCUGGCCCGACCUGCAGCACCCCGCCGAGCUGAAGCCCCUCUGCGAGUGCCAGAGCUUCGGCGUCGCCGACGGACCCACGGUCUGCUGCAACCCCUACCACUUCAGCCGCCUCUGUGGGCCAGAGUCUCCACCACCUCCCUACUCUCGGCUGUCUCCUAAUGAUGAGCAAAAGCCACUGGAUCUAUCAGAUUCCACGUUGUCUUACACUGAAACAGAGGCUACAAACUCUCCCAACGUCACGCCCGGAGAUUUCUCAGGUUUGCUGGCUUGUCUUUCCCUGUGCAGUCUAGAACAAUCAGGGUUUGGCUGCAAACCUCUCCUGGUCGGAGGAACGAGCCCGUUGCCAAGAGCUACUUCUUUGAUGCAAAAAAAUACAUCCUGGAGGUGCUUUGUCAGAUGUUUUUAUAUUAAACAGCUUUCCUCCAUAGUUUCACUUUGCCAACGGGAAAUAAAGUGCAUCUAUUUUCCAGUGUGCUUCAGAGAGGAAUUCUCUGCUCGCUGUGGAGGCCUUUCCCACUUGGCUGUGGAUGGCCAUGGGUGUUGGAACCCCCAUGGGAGAGCCUCAGAGCAGCAACCUGCCCUCCCUGGGGCUUUGCUCAUGUGCAGCUUCUGGCCCUGCCUGGGGCUGGCAUCAAAGGCAGCUUCUCCAGCUGUGGGGUGAAUCAUGGAUUAAUCCCUGAAAGGGGAAGGUGGGGAGGCUCUGGGAGCUGCUCCCUGGGCUUUCAGGGCUGUCCCUUUCACAGAGGUGCAGGUGUGCUCCUUUCCUUUAUAGAAAGAUGUCUGUCUGGGGUGGUGAUACACCCCCUGGAGCCAGGGGAUUUAUGGAGGGCAGGGGGUUUUUCCACAUCCCAUUUGUGCUUGCCAUGGUGGGGGGCUCAGGUGGCAGCUCCUGGAGUUCUGCCCUUCCCUUGGAGCAGAAGGUGGAGGGAUCAUUGAUUCUGGGGCCAGCUGGGCUUCUCCUUGUGUCCAGAUCCUGUUGAUAGCAGAGAGUUCCACCUGAGAAAAUCAUGAGCAGAUGAAGAAGCUGUUCAGUGCAUUGAGCAAGCAGCAAUUUAAGAAACUUUUUUUAAGAAGUUGGAUGACUUGCCAAUGGAAGAGAAGCACCCUAGAUCAAGGCUGGAGGGAGAUAUUACCUGCAUGUGGCUGUUUUUCCAUUAAAACCCUGUGGGAUAACUGUUGGGCCCCCAAACCAAGAGCUGGAGCACUGAGCUGUCCCAGAGCUGGUGGGUGGCCAUGCCUUGGUGGCAGUGGACCUUUGUGGUGCCACCUGUACCUCGUGUGUUGUGUGUAGAGGUGGCUCCAUCUGUGCAGAGCGUGGAGCUCUGGCAGUGCCUGUGCAGCUGUAGAGGUGUUCCUAAAGCCAGUGACAGCUGUUUGUAUAAAAUACCCCAUGGGUUAUCAUUUCACACAGGCUGAGGAAUCACUGGGGAAUUUGCUGGAGGUGGUUUGUGCUGAAGGUCUCCUGAGGAGGGGCAUCAAGGUUCCUCUGAGGUUUGCAAGGAGCAGCAGCCUCCCAAAACAGCCUGACAGAAGGGCAGGUGUCUCCUGGACUGGGAAGUGGAAAAUGUCCCUUUGUUGCUAAAACCACCCAACAGCCUCGCUUUGGAAAUGAGGACAGCCAGAACUGUCCCUAAAAAAUCUGGGCAGCUGGAGUUGGGCCUUGUUCAGAGGAAGGAAGGGGAAAGUCCAAACUGGCUGCCAGAGCCUGGGAUCUGCCUGGAGUGGCACAGGCUGCACAAGGGUGGGAGAAGGUUGGUCUUACCAAUAUUGGUAAAACCCUGUGCCUGAUGCAGAGAUGAAAGCUGCUCUGCAGAUGAUGCCUCUGUAUUUGUGUGUACACACAUAUCUAGAGCCCCAAAGAAUUUUCCAUCAGGGAUCCAGGCAGGAUGAUGCCCUGAAGGGAAAGUUCCAGGGCAGUAUUUGGGCAGCAUGGUUCCCUUGGAGGCAGAACUCUGAAGUCCUCAGUAUAUUCCAACAGAGAAGGAGAAAGUUGCUUUUUCUCCCUCUGUUACCUAGAACUGGGAUGGAUUUUCACAGCUAGCCUGGAUGUUUUCAACCUAGAAGUUCUUGGAGAAAGUACAAGACCCAGAUAAAAUAUGUUUUUGUCUGUGAUUCAUUGAGUAGUUAUGGCCUUGAAUCGCAGAAUAAUCACAUCCCUCACUUCUCUGAGCACCUAGGCGUUGCUCUUUAAAAAAAGAAACAUCAGGAAGUAAGGAAGUUACUUAAAAGUAAAUUAGUUUAAUCUUUGUAGCCUAAACGUUACAUUCUUGCACCCCAUUAGGGGUUGGAUACAACUUUCUAGGUAGUAAAAGUUCCUUUGAUGUAGCCCUGGUUGUGUCCUUUAAGCAGCAUGGAUCCCGUGGAUCCAGCUUUGUUUGAACUUUCCUUUUUCCCUGCGCCUGUGUUUUGCUUUUUAAAGGGAUUUGCUGAAUACUGGACACAGUGUAUUUAUGACCUUUGAAAACGGUGAAUGUUUUGAAGGAGGAAUUUUGGCUUCUUACAGGGGACCUGUAGAGAGAGGCUUGUGUUCACAGUCCCAGUAAUAGAUUUUUUUGUGGCACUUUGAUGAGUGAGAGGUGUUUAUAGGCUUGAUUCAUAACUGAGUUACCAAGGUUUUCCACGGAAAUAACUUAUUAAAUGUGUGGCGCUCACCGGAGCCAUUGAAGUCUGGAGAUUUGCUCUUCAUCAAAGGCACCUCCUUCCCUGGCCUCCAAGUCUAACUCAGCAUUUUACCUCUGGAGGAUGCUCAGACCCAAAAGGGCUGUGUGGUGUGGGAGCUCGAACUGGCUUUGGGUAAGAAAUUAAAAAAAAAAAAAAAAAAAGGCAAACUGGAAGGAGGAGGGGGAAAAAACCCUCAGGAAAAACAUCCCCCCUGUCAUUGGGAGCUGCUGAUGGUUAAACCUGGUUUUCUGGAACACUGCUUGUUUGUGUGGAUUUUACUUCUCUGCUCCACAGCUGAAAAGUCCAUCCCUUCAGUGCUGCUGAGGGCUUUGAAGUGUCCCGAGCCCCUGGAAGCCCAGGUUCAGUUUACUGGCAAAGGAGACUCAGCUCUUUGUGCUUCCCAAGAGCCUGGGGCUGGCUCCUGGGGCUGUGAUUCCCAGCUCUGCCCCAGGGUCCUGCUCUUGGCUGGUGGUGCAGGAGGGGGGGCGUUGGCACACUGAGGUCCCACCUGGCUCCUGGGGGUUUGGGUUUGUCCCAGCUCUUGCUCUGCCCCUGCUCUGUGCCUUUCACUUGGUUGAUUGAUCAAAUCCUGGUUUGGGUUGGGAGGGAGCUUAAAGCUCAUCCUGCUCACCCCUGCCUUGGGCAGGGACACCUCCCACCAUUCCAGGGUGCUCCUUGGACACUUACAGGGAUCCAGGGGCAGCCACAGCUGCUCUGGGAACCCUGUGCCAGCUGCCCACCUUGUCAAAAAGUCCUUCUGCAGGUUUCUUGUAGCCCCAGAAAAUGGGUGUUUAGCUGGAAAAAGGCAUCACCCCCGGGCAGUGCUGGGAGAAUGGAGAGGGGAAGAAAAACGUGCAGCACUGGGGUCUGGGCUUGGGCUGCUCAGGACUCCUGGAUUCCUGUUUGGGUGUGUUUUUUGUGCAAGAACAAAAACAUUUCACAUGGAAAUGCCUGUCUUGGCUGACCUCUGGCCGGGCUGCUAAUGCUGACUGGUAAUGGCCUUUGCAGCUCCUGGAGCUGGAGCAGGGAUCAAACAGCUCUGGCAUGGAAGUGCUGGAUGUGCUGCUGUCCCACCACCCCUCUCCCAGAGAAGCUUCUCCUUCAGGGAGAAGCUGUUCCUCAUCCCAGGCUUUGGGUAUGGGAAAAUAGCCACCAGCAUCAGAGGAUAUAAGCAGAAUUAAACCCAAAGCUCCUCUCCUGCCCCAGCACCUCCUUGAUCAGCCCCAUACCCCAGGUUUCCCCCUCUUUUUUCUUUUUGUAUUUUCCUAGUUUAAUUCUUUAAAUGGAUAAGAGUUGCCUCUGAUGUCCAGACCUGAAAACCCUCACAAAAUCCAGCCUGUCCCUGCCUGCCCACAGGGAUGCAGUCCCUGGCAGGGAACAGGCUCAGGCUGGGGUGCUGCUCCCUGCCCUCAGCCUUUUGCCUUUCAGGUUAUACAAGCCCAUGUAUGAAACCUGCCAAAAAGUCAAAUCCCCAACAGUGCAAGAGAGAGGGAUGUGUGGAGAGUUUGUUUUGCCCUUCACAGCAGUUCUGUGUUCCUGGGGGGGAUGCAGGAGGUCUUUGCUGAGGGUUCAAGGAGCCCACGUGCUCCUGCCCUGCAGCAUCCCCCACCCACUCCACAAGUGCAUUCCCAGAGCAAAAGCUGGAGCAAAGCCAUCCCUCCCUUCCCAACAGCAAUUCAUGGAAGUGCCCUGGUGUCACAUUUGCUGUCCCAGCUGGACACUGCUGCUCUGCUGGCCCCACUGCAGCUUGGCCACGUCCCCACCUGGGCUUGGAAGAGCUGCCCUCCCCUUCCUGUGCCUGUGUUUGGUUUAUGGCUUUGGAGAUGUUCCUCCUCCUAAGUGCUUGUGGCAGAAGGAUCAGGCUGCCCAUUCCUCCAGGCUGGAGGAGCUGGAGUCUUCAAGCUGCUGCAGGGGCAUCUCUUGAUGCCAGGGAUACUUGGGCAGGAUUUCUCACAGUGGCUCCACGGAAGGGCAGGAGACACAACUGUGUUGGUUUUAUCUGUGUAUUCCAUGAGCAGAAGCAGAACUUGCCAGCAGAAAGGCUAUUUUUCAGCUCUUUCCAUUUAUUAAGGUCUCAUUUGCUAAGAUAUUUCCAUGAGAGAAGCCAAAGAAUGUUAAAAAAAAAAAGUGCCAGCUGCUUUGUGCUUUCACACAGAGUGAUGCAAAGUUGUCUGUUUAAUCAGGGAAAUGGUACCUCAGGAGCUGCAGCACCUGGUGCUGGGUAAGGCCCUGGCACAGGCUGCCCAGGGAAACUGUGGCUGCCCCAUCCCUGGAAGUGUUGGGUUGGGCUUGGAGCAGCCUGGUCUCGUGGAAGGUGGGAUGAGAUGAGCCCUUCCAACCCAACCCAACCCAUUCUGUUCCUCGUAUGAGAUCUUCAGAGUCAGCCCACCUGUCUGCAGGGGUUCCUGCUGGGAUGGACGUGCUGUGCAGAGCACAUCCCUUUUCUUCCCUUUCCUCUUUCUUUUGCCCUCCUGGCUGCUCCAAAGCCUGGCCUGUGGCUGUUCCUGAGCCUGGAGCUCACACAAGGCCCCGUUUGUGCGAGCCCGCGCCGGGAAAAGCCAAGUUUGUCCACGGGGAAGAAUGAGGCACUUGAUUCAUCCCCCCCUGCGUGAGGCUGUGGGGUCUGGGAGCAUCCCUGUCCUCCACAGGGAAGGCAAACACGGGCUCUGCUGGCUGGGAACUCCCAGGGUUCUGCUUUCCCUUAGUCCUGAAUAAAUGUUGCUCCUUUGGAAGCACUGCUGCAUCUUCCCCUCAGCUCUGUGGCAAAGGCAGUCAUUGGGCCCUGAUUUUUUGCCUGUUUAUUUUUUGUUAUUUGUUGCUCUUUAAACCCUACAAUGAGAGCUGUAGGUAAAAAUGAUCUAUGGUUCAAAAAAGGUAUCCAAGCUAUGGGUCAAAAAAGCUAUAGUUUAUUUUUCCAGCAUUCUUCUUAAAAUCCAGAGGAGUAGUGAUAUAGCCCAACAGGAGCUCACAGCCUGGAAGUGUUUCAGGCCAGGCUGGAUGGAGCUCUGAGCAAUCUGGUGUGGUGGGAGGUAUCCCUGCCCAUGGAGGGGGGUGGAACAGGAUGAUCUUCAAGGUCUCUUCCAACCCAAACCAUCCCAUGGUUCUGUGAUCCAAAGCUUUGCCAAGUCUCACAGCAGACAGUCACUGCUGAUUAUAAAAAGCUCAGGCUCCAAGGUUAGAUCUGGUUGGGUUUGUCUGGUGCAGCAGCUCGGGGUAUCCAGCUGUGGAGAGAAGGGGCAGAUGUGAAAAUGGGCAGUUUAAUGUCCCAGCCCCAAUCCUGCCCUAUAAAUUGUGUGUCUGCAGCUGCCACUGAGGGCUCAGGCUGCUCUGCCACGGCUCUGCUCACUGUAAAACUGAAUCCAGCAGGUUUUGAUUUUGGCCUGUUCUGGAGAGCUCUUUCUGCUGAGGAUUUGUGAAGCCCUGAAAGCACAGCAGUGUUUCCAGAGAGGCUGUGGGUGCUGGCUGGGUGCAGAGCAGUCCUUGGUGGCAAGGCCAGGGCUCCGUUUCCCUCAAGCAUUGUGGAGUUGCUCUCUGAGAUCUGCAAAAAAACCCCAACAGAACACAAAAAAAACCCAACAAAACUUUAUGAAUCGACCAGGAAUCCAGUAAAAAUUAGUAGUAACAAGCUGAUUUCAAUGGAAAUGGGUUUGCUGCUCUGCUGGCUGCCAACCAUUUAUGAGACUGGCCGGGUGCCGGGUCCAGCGCCGCAUCCCUCACCCUCCUGCUGCUGGAAAUCAUUUGUGACUCCAAAAAAAUAAAUAACACUAUUGUGGAGCUCUUUUUAUGGCUGGGGCCUGAGCUGGGUGGCAGCUCUGCAGUUUGCAAGCCCUGCCUGGGGGCUCUCUGCUCCAUCUCAGGUGGGUUCCUGUGGGUUUGCAGGGUGCAGGUGAGGACGUGGGAUGGGAGUUGUACGAGUGAGAUGUUGGAUCUGUUCCUGGAUCUGAUGCAGGGAAAAGCUGGGUCAGUGUGGCUGUGCCACUUCAGAGGUGUUGGAUGCUGUUGGGUGUUGUGCCAGCGGAGGUUUAGAAUGGAUAGUUGGGAACAUUUCAUCCCCACAAGGGCUGUCUAGCCCUGGCACAGCUGCUCAGGGCAGUUGUGGAGUCACCACGCCUGGGGGGAUGUAAAAGCCAUGUGGCUGUGGCACCUGGGGACAAGUGGAAUGGUUGGAGCUGCUGAUCUUAGAGGGCUUUUCCAGCCUUGCCCAUUCUGGGAUUGUUCCUCCUGUCUCUGGUGGGGACAUCCCAGCCCCCCAAGCCCCAGGGUGGUGUCCCAGGAGUCAGGAGCUGGCUUGUGUGGAGGACCAGACCCCAGAAGGGACUCGUUUCUGCUUUGGCUCACCUUUAAAUGCCACAGGGGUUCCCAGCAUGGGAAUUCGUCUGACUCUUCCAUUUGCACCAGGCCUGUUCAGUGCUUGCUCAAAGGGAUGUGUGUGACUGAGGAGACUUCCACCCCCAGCAGAAUGAGGAAAUUCCUGGGAGAGUGAAACUAAGGGAAAGAUCCUGUGAGUUCAUGGAGCUGCUCUUCCCCCAUUCCUGAUUAAUUUGAAUGGAAGGGAAAUGUCAGCAGAAUGAUAUUUUUUAAAAUAAAAAGUCACUCACUUCACAGGUUACAGACUAGGAGCCUAUUGGGCAGCUUCUUCAUCACUGGAACAAGAAAAUUGGAGUCAUUCUUUAUUCCCCAGUAAUUACAGGCACAUAUUUUGAAAUCUCUGUGUCUUUUCCAUGUUGAAUCGCCAGUGCAGACCUUCAGAGCAGGAUUGAAUUCAGCUGUGCUUGAAAGGGUCGGUCAUUUGAGACUUCCAACAUUAAAAGAUCUUUGCAAAUUAGUUUUGCUCUUGCCAUGCUGAAUUUGUUUGUGUAGAAAACCUCAGUAGAUUUGGUAUGUGCCUGUCUUUGAAGGGCUCUGCUUCAAAGGCUGCAGCUCUGGGUGUUUUAUGUGCUGAGCUCUGCAGUCCCCCGAGCUCUGCUGCCUCGCUGGGAAGUGUCAGCUCAUGUUAAACCUGCAGGAAGGAAAAGCUGAGCGUGGCUUUUCGGAGCUUUCAAGGAAACUGGAUGCCCAGGGCUUAUUCCUGUAGGAAAUGGGUGCUGGAGGUGCAUGUGCUGGUGUGUGUCACUGCUACAGCCCCAAGAAUGGUUCUCUCCAUGGCCCUUCCCUGUGGGUGAGGGAAAACCUGUGUGUGUUUGGAGAACUGGGGAUAGUUGGGCCCAGAAAAUUCGGCUGAGAUCUUGGCAGUGAGAACCAAACACAAGAGAUUGAGUUGGACUAGAGCUAGUAUUCAAACAAAGGUAAACAGUAAAAAUAAUAUUGUGAAAUUUCCUGAUUCUUGGCUUGAAAUCUGGGUUGUUUUUUUUUUUUUUUUUUCCAAAGAAAUUGAAUCUCAGAAGGGAAAAUGGGAGAACCUGUCUCACAUCCUGGACUUGUGCAUGUUUAGAUGAAGAUCAGGUCUGUCACCAAACAGGUUUAGUUGGAGUGGGGCUGGAGCCCUUUCCCCUCCACCCUGGUGUAUCCAUGCACAUCCCAGCGGGCUGCACUGUGGAACUGAUCACUUUAAAACACAGAAA